GAGCCCGCGGCGGCUGCUGCCAUGGUGGCUGGCGGCCGGGUAAGGGUCUGAGUGGAUCUCCUGCCAGGCCAGAGCGUCUUCGGGGGCCGCGGGGGAAGGCCAGGAGUUUGCAGCCAGGGCGGCGGGUUUGUGGUCUGCAGUGUCAUGAGGCUGAGGUGCAGCAUGUCUAGACUGGGAGUCCUGGGUGGUGCCCGUGCCGGGCUGGGACUGUUGCUGGGUACCGCCGCCGGCCUUGGAUUCCUGUGCCUCCUUUACAGCCAGCGAUGGAAACGGACCCAGCGUCAUGGCCGCAGCCAGAGCCUGCCCAACUCCCUGGACUACACGCAACCUUCAGAGCCCGGACGCCAGGUGAUGCUCCUGCGGGCUGUCCCAGGUGGGGCUGGAGAUGCCUCAGUGCUGCCCAGCCUUCCACGGGAAGGACAAGAGAAGGUGCUGGACCGCCUGGACUUUGUGCUGACCAGCCUUGUGGCACUGCGGCGGGAGGUGGAAGAGCUGAGAAGCAGCCUGCGAGGGCUUGCGGGGGAGAUUGUUGGGGAGGUCCGAUCCCACAUGGAAGAGAACCAGAGAGUGGCUCGGCGGCGAAGGUUUCCAUUUGUCCGGGAGAGGAGUGACUCCACUGGCUCCAGCUCUGUCUACUUCACAGCCUCCUCGGGAGCCACGUUCACAGAUGCUGAGAGUGAAGGGGGUUACACAACAGCCAAUGCGGAGUCUGACAAUGAGCGGGACUCUGACAAAGAAAGUGAGGACGGGGAAGAUGAAGUGAGCUGCGAGACUGUGAAGAUGGGGAGAAAGGAUUCUCUUGACCUGGAGGAAGAGGCAGCUUCGGGUGCCUCCAGUGCCUUGGAGGCUGGAGGUUCCUCAGGCUUGGAGGAUGUGCUGCCCCUCCUGCAGCAGGCUGACGAGCUGCACAGCGGUGAUGAGCAAGGCAAGCGGGAGGGCUUCCAGCUGCUGCUCAACAACAAGCUGGUGUAUGGAAGCCGGCAGGACUUUCUCUGGCGCCUGGCCCGAGCCUACAGUGACAUGUGUGAGCUCACUGAGGAGGUGAGCGAGAAGAAGUCAUAUGCCCUAGAUGGAAAAGAAGAAGCAGAGGCUGCUCUGGAGAAGGGGGAUGAGAGUGCUGACUGUCACCUGUGGUAUGCGGUGCUUUGUGGUCAGCUGGCUGAGCAUGAGAGCAUCCAGAGGCGCAUCCAGAGUGGCUUUAGCUUCAAGGAGCAUGUGGACAAAGCCAUUGCUCUCCAGCCAGAAAACCCCAUGGCUCACUUUCUUCUUGGCAGGUGGUGCUAUCAGGUCUCUCACCUGAGCUGGCUAGAAAAAAAAACUGCUACAGCCUUGCUUGAAAGCCCUCUCAGUGCCACGGUGGAAGAUGCCCUCCAGAGCUUCCUAAAGGCUGAAGAACUACAGCCAGGAUUUUCCAAAGCAGGAAGGGUAUAUAUUUCCAAGUGCUACAGAGAACUAGGGAAAAACUCUGAAGCUAGAUGGUGGAUGAAGUUGGCCCUGGAGCUGCCAGAUGUCACGAAGGAGAGCUUGAUGAUCUCAGGCACUGAUGUCUUGGCCUCCUAGCAAGGCUCCUGGAAUUCACAGCCACUGAAAGGAGGCAUUCUCUGUCCCUAUCCCACAACUUACCUCAUCAGCGAGUCGCAGAAGCAUCCGCAGAAACCUGGCCAAGUGCAUCUGCCUGGCUGAAAGCUCACCUCGACCCGAGUAGUCUGUUCUGUAAAGGGCGGUGGCACUGUCUACAAUAAGCAGUGCAUACCUAUAGGAAACAAGGAUUCUCUGAAGCCUAUUUCUAGCCUGUCAGAUUCUGCUCCCUUCCUUACCACCCUAAAAUCUCAUAUUCAUCGUUUUUCUUGUGUAUAGAUUUUCUUUCUUUCUUUUUUUUUUUUUUUUGAGAUGGGAGUCUAGCUCUGUCGCCCAGGCUGGAGUGCAGUGGGGCGAUCUUGGCUCACUGCAAGCUCUGCCUCCCAGGUUCACUCCAUUCUCCUGCUUCAGCCUCCAGAGUAGCUGGGACUACAGGCACUCGCCACCAUACCCGGCUAAUUUUUUUGUAUUUUUUUAGUAGAGACGGGGAUUCACCAUGUUAGCCAGAAUGUUCUCGAUCGCCUGACCUCGUGAUCCGCCCGCCUCAGCCUCCCAAAGUGCUGGGAUUACAGGCAUGAGCCACUGCGCCUGGCCUGUAUAUAGAUGUUUUAUUAAAAUAUUUGCACAGCACUAACAUCUGAGGCACCAUUUAACAAGAUUUCCCGCAAGUUCAAGUAGAUUAUGGUUUCAUUUUUAAUAGUGACUUGACCUAAACUACAAAGCCAGAGUGUCAACACAGGAAUUAUACUUAAACCUCCUCAUUUCUAAUUCAAACUACUAUCAAUCUGGCCAAAUAGCCAUUACAAGAUUCAGGGAAGGACUCUAAGAACAUAUUUGAUGUCUUAUACUGAGCACAUACCUAGAUUCUACCAUCAUGGCUGAUGCUUGAUAAAGGAGCUGGGUCUGGUGGUCUGUGUUGAAUGCUCGAGCAUAUGCUACAUUAUCCAGGACGUCACUGCCAGAGAGACCAUACCUAUGAGAAAGGAGAGAACAUUUUUAGGCUGCACACAGAACUCAGGCAGAUGAGGAAUUCAUUUCUGCCACUUAAAUUGCCUGAAUAGGUAGGGAAGAAGUGGUACUGACAGUAGUUUCAGGGCCAAAGAAUGUAAUUCCCUUUCUAUUAAGAAGUUCAGGCAAACUAUAAGCAGAGAGAUGAUAGCAUCCAACUACUCUGGAGCUCUACCUGGCAAAUCUUCAGGAUAAAUCAAAUCCAUUCUUUUUUUUUUUUUCCUUUGAGACGGAGUCUUGCUCUGUCACCCAGGCUGGAGUGCAGUGGCGUGAUCUCAUUACAACCUCAACCUCCUGGGUUCACGUGAUUCUCCUGCCUCAGCCUCCCGAGUAGCUGGGAUUACAGGUGUGCAGCACCAUGCAUGGCUAAUUUUUUUAUUUUUAGUAGAGACAGGGUUUCACCAUAUUGAUCAGGCUGGUCUUGACCUCCUGACCUCAUAAUCCACCCACCUUGGCCUCCCAAAAUACUGGGACUGCAGGCGUGAGCCACCACGCCCGACCUAAAUCAAAUCUAUUCUUUGAGGGCCAGGUGCAGUGGCUCACACCUGUAAUCCUAGCAAUUUGGGAUGCCGAGGCAGGUGGAUCACCUGAUGUCAGGAGUUGGAGACCAGCCUGGUCAACAUGGCAAAACCCCAUCUCUACUAAAAAUACAAAAAUUAGCCGGGCGUGAUGGCAGGCACCUGUAAUCCCAGCUACUUGGGAGGCUGAGGUAGGAGAAUCACUUGAACGCAGGAGAUAGAAGUUGCAGUGAGUCGAGAUCACACCAUUGCAUGCCAGACUGGGUGACAGAGUGAAAUUCCAUCUCAAAAAAAAAAAAAAGAAUGUUUACAUAAAACCCAGUGUGCUAUGAUUAUGUUCUAGGUUCACGAUUCUAUCAUGAGGAUAAACAGAUGGCAUUAGGAUAGAGUUACACCUUACGAUCCUGACCAAAUAAAACAAGAAUGAAGAGAUAUACGUUUUCUCUAUUUAGAUCGUGAAUAUAUGGUGAAAAAAAAAAGAUAUAACAAGUGUAAGUACUUUACUGCACAAGUCUUCUAGUUCUGCCUCAAGAAACACUGAUAUGGCUGGGCGUGGUGGCUCACACCUGUAAUCCCAGCAACUUGGGAGGCUGAUGUGGGCAGAUCACUUGAGAUCAGGAAUUUGAGACCAGCUUGGACUACAUGGUGAAACACCAUCUCUACUAAAAAUACAAAAUGUAGCUGGGUGUAGUGGCAGGCACCUGUAAUCCCUGCUUCUCAGCUACUUGGGAGGCUGAGGCAGGAGAAUCGCUUGAACCCGGGAGGCAGAGGUUGCAGUGAGCUGAGAUCACGCCACUGCACCCCAUCCUGGGUGACAGAGCAAGACUCUGUCUCAAAAACAAACAAACAAAUGAACAAAAAAAUACACUGAUAUAAUCUACUAUCAGAAAGGGAGAAGAGGCUGGGCACGGUGGCUCAUGCUUGUAAUCUCAGCACUUUGGGAGGCUGAGUGGGGAGGAUUACUUGAGCUCAGGAGUUUGAGACCAGCCUGGGCAACAUGGCAAAAGCCUGUCUCUAUUUAUAAAAUUUUAAAAAAUUAAAAAUUAAAAAAGAAAGGGAGAUUAUCUACUUGCUAUAAAAACAGAGAACGUUUACCAGAAUAAAGAGUUAUCCUAGCUUUUCUCUCAGCGGCGCUCACAAAAAAAACUACGGGAACCUCUGCGCUCAGGCUCCAGAAGCAGGACAUGGAAUUCCCACAGCUUGGGACAAGUUGGCUGGAAA